GGUGUAGUGAUGAAAAGAUGGUGAAAGAAAUAAAAAAAAAUGAGUCCAACCAGGGCUUUAGCGACGAUCUGAGUGAGAGAAACGGAAUCUAUUUUCCGGGAAAAUUUUGAAGGAGAGAAACAAACAAAGGGGAAAACUUUUUCUUUUUCUUUUUCUUUUUUUCCCCUUUUGUGCGAUUCAUGGCAGAUGUGAUACGAUCAUCGACGACAACAUUUCGAUCGUUUUGUUUCUCGCUGUUGUCCUCCUCCUCCUCUGAAUGGGCUUCGAUUUCUCCGCAAAUCGGCGUCCGAUCCUGUCGGAGCUCGGCCAACAGAUUCUGCCAUCUGUCUCUUUCCGGCUCUUCUUCUUCUAUCGGCAUGGCAAAUUCUGUUUUCCCGCAAAGAAAGCCGCGUCUUUCAGUCCAGGUGCAAGCAGCUGUUGCUGAAACCGAGCAGCCGAAAUGGUGGGAGAAGAAUGGAGGGCCAAACAUGAUUGACAUUCACUCUACCGAAGAUUUUCUAAACGCUUUGAAAGAGGCGGGAGAUCGGUUAGUCAUUGUCGACUUUUACGGAACUUGGUGUGCUUCUUGCCGAGCUUUGUUUCCAAAGCUCUGCAAAACGGCGGAAGAACACCCGGAAAUCUUGUUCCUGAAAGUUAACUUUGACGAGAACAAGCCCCUUUGCAAAAGCUUGAACGUCAAGGUACUGCCUUACUUCCACUUUUACCGCGGGGCCGAAGGCCAGAUCGAAUCCUUCUCCUGCUCGCUCGCCAAGUUCGGGAAACUGAGAGAAGCCAUAGGAAGACAUAACAAAGGAAGUUGCAGCAACGGCUCUUCUUCUUCUUCACCUGAUGUGGAAGUUGAUGAUUGCAGCAUGCAAUCCAUUUCUGUUCAGACAAAUAAUUCUGUCUGAAUCUAUUUUAUAUUAACUAAUCUUUCAUCAUUCCACUGUACAUAUGAAGUUGUGUUCUAUUUCUUUCGAUUUGCAUUGCAUGCGUGUAUAUAUAUAUAUAUAUAUUGUGCAUUAGAAGUUAUGUAUAUCCCUAUGUAAAUUACGUUUGUUUGUAUCCGAAUAUCACAACAUUGUGUUAUAUUAUAUAUUAUUCAGAAAAGGUUUAUUGUA